AUGGCUGCUCUAGAUUUGGUCUCUAUUCCGGCUCAGGCUACUUAUGUCACUUUUGAUAACUUACGUCUAGGUCGCUCACCCCAACAGAUUGUCGGUCGACUCCUUCGCUUCUGGGAUGCUCGGAACAUCAAGAAGAAUGGUGAAUUCAUGGGGAUUGUCCUCCUUUUCCUCGAUGAGAAGUGCUCUGUCAUUCAUGGCUUCAUCCCAGCUGCACGGGCAAACGAAUACCGAGACGUUUUACGCGAAGGUCUAAUUUUCCAACUCAGUGUAUUUGAGGUGGGCCGAUGCACAAACCUCUACAGGAUCACCGACCAUCCAUUUGUCGUUCGUUUCCUACCAGACACAACCAUUGUUCCACUAACUAAUGUUCGCGUAUAG